GAAACUCACUCUCAUCCAAAGUUGAUCCGCUCGCCUCUUCGACCUCCACCCAUUUGCAACGCCCCUCCUUUUUUCGAGCUCUUCCAUUCUCCACCCCGUUUCUUCCUUCCCCCUUCUGUUUUUUCUCCCCUAAAGCUCUUCUCUGAGCUCUGUGUGUUGUCGGUUCCUCCGGAGUGAACCUCCCCCUAUCGUCGCCCCCUUUUUUGGUGUACAUACUUUCGCAAUCAUGGCGACGGGUCCGGCUACUCAAUCGCUGAAGUGCGUGGUGACGGGUGACGGUGCAGUGGGCAAAACAUGUCUUCUGAUUUCUUACACAACGAAUGCCUUUCCCGGAGAGUACAUCCCGACCGUUUUCGACAACUACACGGCUAGCGUGAUGGUCGACGGGCGACCGAUCAGCUUGGGACUGUGGGAUACAGCCGGACAAGAAGAUUACGACCGCCUGCGCCCGCUCUCCUACCCACAAACCGACGUCUUCCUGAUCUGCUUCUCGAUCGUCAGCCCGCCGUCCUUCGACAACGUGAGAGCCAAGUGGUUCCCCGAAAUCGAACACCACGCCCCCAACGUCCCCAUCAUCCUGGUCGGCACCAAGCUGGACCUCCGCGACGACCGCGCCACCAUCGACGCCCUUCGGUCCCGGAAGAUGGAGGCUGUCUCGUACGAGCAGGCACUGGGCGUAGCCAAGGAGAUCCGCGCACAUAAGUACCUUGAGUGUUCCGCACUGACGCAACGCAACCUGAAGAGCGUGUUCGACGAAGCUAUCCGGGCUGUUCUGAACCCCCGUCCCGCUGCCAAGUCUGGAAGGAGGAACAGAUGCAUGAUCUUGUAAAGGUCCUUUUGGUGCAUGGCUCUCCCUCUCUCUUCUCGUAUGCUAUAAUGAAUAAUUCAUAGUUAAUACGGCGUCCGGUAGCCAGAGGCUUCGUGGGCCUCUUUUUGAUGAAUCCA